AUGUGUGGCUUCCUGACCUGGGAAGCAGCUGAAACCAGCGCGGUCAUUGGCGGUCUGGCCCAGCGCUCAGCUCUCUCGCUUCUGCUGCUCCCGUUCACAGCUCAGACGGCUCCCACUAGCACGAUCACCUCCUUGGGCACAUUCUGCCAAAAUCCCCAAGCAAAUCCUGCAGCGACACCUCGCAGAACAGAAGGAUGCCAGAGGCAGCGGGGAGGGAAAGGCGAGAAGUGGUAUUUCACAGCCAAGAACAACCAGAUCCUGAAAGCUGUUCCCCAUCAGCUGAGCGGUAGAAAACAAACACAGAUUUUGGUGCCGCUGGACCAAGCAUCUCAACACGUGGAAAUGGCAGUGGAACUGGACAGUAGGGAGAGGCAGGAAAACUCUGAGAAACAUCUAGAAAAAGCCUCGAAGGCCUUGAAUGGACUUAGUGGCAAUAAGGAGGCUAAUGACGAGUCUGCCGCUGAAGACUUGGAAGUGGAGGAGAUCACCCUAAAUGAGAGAGAAGGCCCAGUCCCAGAGACUGUGGUGCUUAAAGAAGCUGCAGUGAAGAAAAGGCAGCAGAAGGAGGGCUGGACGGUGGAAGUGGGGGCAGGGAGAGCUUCAAGGAGAGAAUGGCCAAGGGCAACUCCAGGAGCCAACAGCUUCCUGGGGAGUGGGGGAGGCCUCCUGGUGCUCCUCCAGGUGCUCGCCCUCGCCCUGGCGCAGAUCAGAGGCCCGCCCGGAGAGCCUGGGCCCCCGGGUCCCCCGGGGCCGCCGGGAGUGCCUGGAUCGGACGGCAUCGACGGUGACAAGGGGCCCCCGGGGAAAGCUGGGCCUCCGGGACCAAAGGGAGAGCCUGGCAAAGCAGGGCCGGAUGGGCCGGACGGGAAGCCUGGGAUUGAUGGUCUAACUGGAGCCAAGGGGGAGCCUGGCCCCAUGGGGAUCCCUGGAGUCAAAGGCCAGCCCGGCCUCCCAGGUCCCCCUGGCCUGCCAGGCCCUGGCUUUGCUGGACCUCCUGGACCACCCGGACCUGUUGGCCUCCCUGGUGAGAUUGGAAUCACGGGUCCCAAGGGGGACCCUGGACCAGAGGGGCCAUCAGGGCCCCCGGGGCCACCUGGCAAACCGGGCCGCCCGGGCACCAUCCAGGGUCUGGAAGGCAGCGCGGAUUUCUUGUGUCCAACCAACUGUCCAGCGGGUGUAAAAGGCCCCCCAGGGCUGCAGGGAGUGAAGGGGCAUCCUGGCAAACGUGGGGUUCUGGGAGAUUCUGGCCGCCAGGGAAGGCCCGGUCCCAAGGGAGACGUGGGUGCCUCUGGAGAGCAAGGCAUGCCUGGACCGCCGGGUCCCCAGGGCAUCAGAGGCUACCCGGGCAUGGAGGGACCUAAAGGAGAGAUGGGUCCUCGUGGGUACAAAGGCAUGGUGGGCUCCAUUGGUGCUGCUGGGUCACCGGGAGAGGAAGGUCCCCGGGGGCCACCGGGCCGAGCGGGGGAGAAGGGCGAUGUGGGCAGCCAAGGUGUUCGAGGACCCCAGGGAAUAACAGGCCCGAAGGGAGCAACCGGUCCCCCAGGCAUUGACGGCAAGGACGGGACCCCAGGCACACCUGGCAUAAAGGGCAGUGCAGGACAGGCGGGACGACCAGGAAACCAAGGCCACCAGGGCCUGGCGGGUGUGCCGGGCCAGCCUGGGACAAAAGGAGGCCCUGGAGACAAGGGUGAGCCAGGCCAGCAGGGCUUCCCUGGAUUCUCUGGUCCCCCUGGGAAGGAGGGAGAGCCAGGACCUCAAGGAGAAGUCGGACCCCGAGGCAUCAUGGGACAGAAGGGUGACCAUGGUGAGAGGGGGCCGGUGGGGCAGCCAGGCCCUCAAGGACGGCAGGGCCCCAAAGGGGAGCAGGGGCCUCCCGGAAUUCCAGGGCCCCAAGGCUUGCCCGGCAUCAAGGGAGACAAGGGCUCCCCAGGGAAGACCGGACCCCGAGGCGGCGUGGGCGACCCGGGGGUGGCCGGCCUCCCCGGAGAGAAGGGCGAGAAGGGCGAGUCUGGCGAGCCGGGGCCCAAGGGACAGCAAGGAGUCCGCGGAGAACCCGGCUACCCGGGCCCCAGCGGGGAUGCGGGCGCCCCGGGCGUGCAGGGCUACCCCGGCCCCCCCGGCCCUCGAGGACAGGCUGGAGACCGAGGCGUGCCGGGACUGCCAGGGAGACAGGGCGUGGCGGGCCGAGAUGCCAGUGACCAGCACAUCGUGGCCGUGAUGAUGAAGAUGAUGCAAGAGCAACUGGCAGAGGUCGCUGUGAGUGCGAAGCGGGAGGCCCUGGGUGCAGUUGGGAUGAUGGGGCCUCCGGGACCCCCAGGGCCUCCUGGGUACCCAGGCAAGCAGGGACCCCACGGGCAUCCUGGCCCUCGGGGUGUUCCUGGCAUCGUGGGAGCUGUGGGUCAGAUUGGCAACACAGGGCCCAAGGGAAAACGCGGAGAGAAAGGUGACCGGGGAGAGAUGGGUCGAGGGCAUCCCGGGAUGCCUGGACCCCCGGGGAUCCCAGGACUCCCUGGCCGGCCUGGCCAAGCAAUCAACGGCAAAGAUGGAGCUCGAGGGGCCCCAGGGGCCCCGGGAGAAGCAGGCCGACCAGGCCUUCCAGGCCCCGUGGGGCUGCCGGGCUUCUGUGAGCCUGCGGCCUGCCUUGGAGCCUCAGCCUACGCCUCUGCACGCCUCACGGAGCCUGGAUCCAUCAAGGGGCCUUGAGCAUGAGGCUGGGACAGAGUGGGCAUCCUGGGGGAAAGGACUGGGUUCCCUCUGGGUUGACACCCCCCCACCCAUCCCUCAGACCAGGAAGUCAGCUUUCUCAGGACCUUUCAUCUGGGAUCCCGGACCUGAGAAAAAGGAAAUGCUAAAACAUGGGGGAAGGGAAGGGAGGGCACUGGAAUGAAAAGGUGAGGCCAAGAGCCAGGGCUAGUGUCACUGGAAAGUCCUAGCUCUAAAGCAGAUGGGUGGCUUUCCUUCCUGGAGGACGACUCAGAAGUUACCAAAACAAAUGUCUCCUUGAUCUGUGCCAUCUUCCAGCGGCCAUCUUCUUUGGGGCAAGUGGACUGAGGUCUCUGCCCCUCCCUGAUCCCAUCUUCCUCCCCUGGACUUGCUGGGUGACGGCUGGUGGGUGACUCCCCAGAGGUGGCCAUCCUUAAGCCAGCCCCACUACUUCCUCCCUGCCUCCCUCCCAUCUGAGUAUUUAAACACCCAUCUCCCUUCUCUUCCUGGCAUUACCUCCUCCCAUCCCCACCCCUUCCUGAGAUCCACCCAGGCCUUUCUGUAAAUAAAAGCCUCUGACUUGGGUACAGA